CCAACAUUUGUGAAGGAGAAGCGUUUUGCUAAUUGGCUAAAGGAUGCCCGUGAUUGGGCAGUCUCGAGAAAUCGAUUCUGGGGAACGCCAAUCAAUCUUUGGGUUAGCGAUGAUUUGGAAGAGAUUGUUGCACCCGCUUCAAUUGCUGAACUGGAAAAACUAUCCGGACAAAAAAUCACGGAUUUGCACCGAGAAAAUGUUGACCAUAUAACGAUUCCAUCAGUAACCGGUCGAGGCGAGUUACAUCGUGUGAGCGAAGUGUUCGAUUGUUGGUUCGAAUCGGGUUCAAUGCCCUAUGCACAAAAUCAUUAUCCGUUUGAGAACCAGAAAAUUUUCGAGGAGAAUUUCCCAGCCGAUUUCAUUGCUGAA